AUGAAUGCCCAACCACAGGAAAAGACUCGCGAGCAGUCUAUCGCUGAAUUUGAAGCGAGGACAAAGAAAAUUCAACAGGAGCAUCCUGAUGUGGAUUUCAAGUCUACCGUCAUUGAACCUACCAUGAAUCUCAUGUUUGACAUCAAGGAGAAUUUGAAAGACGAAGACAGAAAAAAGCAUGAAGAACUCAUCACUCUCAUGCUCCAAAACACAUCCGAUCCAGCAAAAGCAGAAAAGUACCUCUGGGAAGCCCGAAACUACCUCAAACCUCAUCCCAGCAUCCUCAAACUCUUCGACGACAUCUACAUCAACAAACGGCCUGUCCCCGUCAUGAUUUCCCAACUUCACGACGCGAUGAACACAAAACCACCUUCAGCGCCAUAA